AGCAAAGCUUGGCGCUACGGUUGCAGACCGAUCGCGACACCGGUUUGAAGUGCAUCGAGAGACGUUUCAUGGCUCUGAUCUGUGAUUGUUUCAAAUCAAAAAGAUGUUCAGCAUGGUUGUUAUACGGUGUGCAUCAUUUAUUUGGCUCGUUUGUUUGGCACUUGCAGGCGAUGGCCCGAUAGUUUUCCGUGAGGAUGACGAGCCUAACUCUCUGGCGAGUCGCAUUGCGCUGGAGCUGGACGAUAUGGAGUACGAGCGGGACAGUGACGGAGACUCGCAGGUGCCCCAGCUGUUGAUACCGCGUGACGAGAACGAUCAGUACGUGCGGUUGCCGGGUAAAAGCGGCGAGUUCGAGGUCGUGUCACGAUUUCUGGUUCGCGAGAGCCGUGUGAACAGCAGCAGCUACAUUGCGGAAGAGUACGUGCGGUUCCUGUUGUACACGCGGGAAAACAGCUCGAAACCGGUAGAGUUGCGGUUGAAUGAUAUCGACCACAUUUUGUACUAUGGGUUCAACUUUAGCGCGCCAACGAAAAUUCUAAUUCACGGUUGGCUUGGCAGUUCGGAAUCGCAAGUGAUUGAACCGCUGGCGAAGGAUUUCCUAGCUGAAGGGGAUUUCAAUGUGAUUGCUGUGGAUUGGGAGAAAGGAGCACAAACUUGGCUAUAUCCGGUGGCGAGGUAUCGGGUUGACAAGGUAGCGGAUGUCGUGGCCGCGCUGAUUGCGAAAUUGGUAGACGCAGGGCAUAGUUACGAAAAAAUUGGCAUCGUUGGACACAGUCUUGGCGCUCAUAUCGCUGGUCUCACGGGGAAAAGAACCGCUCAAAAGAUUGGAUUCAUCAUUGGUUUGGAUCCUGCGUCGCCAUUAUUUCGGAUGAGUAAACCGUUGGAUCGAUUGGCGGCAGAUGACGCCGAAUAUGUGGAAGUUAUCCAUACCAACGGGAAAGCGUUGGGAUUCUUCAGGAGCAUCGGUAAAGCUGACUUUUAUCCGAACGGUGGUGUGAAGCAACCCGGAUGCGGAGUGAGUCUUACCUGUAGCCACGAACGGUCCGUUAUAUAUUUUCAGGAAUCGUUGAAAGUGAGAAACUACUUUGGCAAUCGAUGCGCCGACGUCUCGACGUUACACCCGGAGUGCACACUUGGGACCGCUAGACUGGGUGGUCUCGAGUUGAGGCAGCUAAAAGCUAAACCGAGAGGAAUUUAUUAUCUUGCGACAGCAGCGAAAACACCAUUCCUCAGGAAUGGGAAGUAAGUGGCUGUGAUUACUAUUAACGAUAGGAUAGGUUUAAUGUAUACUUAUGUCAUAAGAUAUAAUAGACUUACUUACUGUACAAAAUUUGAUGAAUUAUAUGAUUUUGCUCAUUGUGCCAACUCUGGUAAGACUGAGA